UUCCAAUGUCCAACCACUCUAAUUUCACAAUCAAACCUUAAUCACAUAUAAAACCCCUAUUUUGAUAGUUUUGAGCGAUGCUAUAUAUAUUCUUCCAAAAAAAUCUUUUCCACUAUCAACCAAACACCCCAAAAAACAAACAGAUUUUUUCUUUUUGGCAAUAUUGUUCUUCAUGGAAAAUAUUUUACACCGAAAAACAUUUUAUGUUUAAACAAACUGAACCUAAAUACAUAGUUUUUCCAUUCCAUAGUUCAAAAUUAAUCCAAAACUCGAUCCGUCCUAGGUAUCACCUAACCAUGCCAACUUAAGCCUCUCCUCCAUACAUAUAGGGAACCAUUUUGGACCCAAGGAGGAUUGUGUGUUUGAUCAGAGCUAGGCAUCAAUGUUACAAGAAAUGGAGGGAACAAUUUGCAGUGUGAGCAAUGCUAAACAUUUGUUUCGGAGUAACCGAUUCAUCCUUCUGUUGUUGUUAAUCACUUUCUCGACUUAUGUUGGAUUCUAUGUCGAGUACCACUCUCGGUCGUCUCACAAGGGUCGCAACGAAGCUUUCCUUGGCCGUGAAGGAGUGCGCAAACAAGAUGAUCGUGUAGACAAAGCUGUAUCCGAAGAGAACAAUCAUAUAACACUGCCCAAACAAGAGGAUCGUGUAGACAAAGCUGUAUCCGAAGAGAACAAUCAUACGCAGCGCGUAAUUCCUAUCGAGAAUUUCCCGGUUGUCGUGAGUGGGAAAGAUUUAAUGCGUGGAUUGAGAAGAAAUAGGACUAGUUAUGGAUUGAUAAUGGGUCCAUUUGAUUCGACAGAGGACAGGAUUCUGGAGAAGAGACCGACGGGAGGCUGCGACAAGAACGGGGAGUUUGCGAGGGUGGUUCGGGGGAGGAAGUUUGUAGUGGUAAUGCACGAGCUCACGAUGACCGGAGCUCCGAUUUCGAUGAUGGAGUUGGCGACGGAGCUAUUGAGCUGUGAGGCCACCGUUUCCGUAGUUGUUCUUAACACGAUGGGCGGCUUGAUGCCGGAGCUCGAGAGGAGAAAGAUCAAAGUGGUCGAAGAUAAAGAGAUUGCCAGCUUCAAAGCUGCUGUGGAGGCUGAUCUUGUCAUUCCUGGAUCAUGCGUCUGUGCUUCUUGGAUCGAGCAAUACAGGGCCCAUUUCCCGGGAAGCCAAAGCGAAAAUAUUGCGUGGUGGAUAAUGGAGAACCGAAGGGGGUACUACGAAAUGUCGAAACAUGUUCUAAACAGAGUGAAAAUGCUGAUAUUUCUGCUUGAACCACAAUCGAAAGAGUGGCUAGCUUGGGCCGCAGAAGACAACAUCAACCUCGAUUCUCAAGAGAUUUCGGUGGCUCCCCUCUCCGUAAAUGACGAACUGGCAUUCAUAGCAGGGAUUUCUUCUUCAUCAGAGAGUGAUUCAUCUUCUUCUGGCCCUGAAGUUUUGCUUGACAAGAGAAUGGAGUUGAGAGAGGCAGUUAGGGAAGAGAUGGGAUUGAAAGCCAGUGAUGUGGUGGUGAUGUGUUUGGGGAGCAUUAAUCCUGGAAAAGGCCAGCUUUUGUUUCUUGAAUCUGCUAAAAUGGUGGUUGAAGAAGAACUUCCCAGGGAAGCCAACAUAAGAGAAGUGAUGUCUGAGAGUGAACGAGUACCGCAGGAACAGACACUCAAAAUUCUUAUCGGAUCGCUUUGGUCCAGGAGCAAUUAUCAGAAGCAGUAUGUCGAAGCAAUGGUCAGAAUUAUAUAUGAGCAUCCUAACCUAUCCAAGUCGGUGCUGUGGACUCCGACAACUACGCGCGUUGCCGGACUUUACUCUGCCGCAGAUGUUUAUAUAACCAAUUCCCAGGCGACGGUUGGGGAAACAUUUGGUAGAGUCACGAUUGAAGCAAUGGCAUUUGGUUUACCAGUAUUAGGAACAGAUGCUGGGGGCACUGCAGAUAUUGUUGACCAUAACAAAACGGGUCUCCUCCAUCCCCUGGGGCCCGAGGGCAAUCAAGUUCUUGCUAAGAAUCUUCGAUUUUUGCUUGAAAAUCCUUUAGCGCGGAAGGAGAUGGGCGCGAGGGGAAGGGAAAAGGUAGAGAAGAUGUACUUGAAACGGCACAUGCUUGAGAAAUUAGCAGAUGCUAUGUCCAGAUGCAUGACCACAAUCUAAGUAUCUAAUGCCUAUGAACCAUGGAUACCAAUACAUGCGGAUACGACAUACGAGAAAUUGUUGGAACUAAAGUUAGAAUUAGUGAUUAUGUAAUUUUUUUUUUUUGAUAAAGUGAUUAUGUUAAUACAAGGGUAACACAGAUUCAUGUAUUAGGUACAUAUAAAGAGUCUAAGUGUAUUCGAUGUAUGUCCGGGGUACUCUGUACAUGUACUUCCUCCGUUCCAAAUUAAGUGUCCCUUUUCACUAUUUGGGAGGCCUCAAAA